CCUGUCACGUGGUGCGGAUGUCCUUCGCUUUUCCUCUCUCUGCAGGCUAAACAUGGCUGCGCUCUUAAGAUCAGCCCGGCUCCUUAAAUGUUCACCGGCUGCAUUGCUUCAGGUCUUUGGAAACAGCAGACAUGUACCGGCAGCUGGUCGUCUUUACAGCGGAGCGGUCGGGGCUACUCGUGUAGGGUUAUGUGUCCAGAGAGUCCCGGGACGCUUAAUUGUUAACAGUUUGUCCUCGUACAGAUCGACCCUGUCCUGUGUGAGCUGUCGUCAGUAUGGUGUUGUCCCGGAGCAGAGGGGGCUGGUGAGGGAUGAGUCCAGUGUGGCGGUCCGUUCCAAGCAGGCUCAACAGUUUGACUGGGCUUUGGCCAAACUAGACAGCUCAGUCCGAAGGACAGGCAGGGUCACCAAAACACUGCUGCUGCGUAUCUUCCAUGAUAUUUGCAGAACAGGAUAUCCAAGUGGAAAUCAAGCCCUGUUGUUGCUGAGAAGCUGUGGCUCUCUGCUUCCUGAGGUUCCCUUGACUGAGCGCGUAGAGCUGUCACAACGGAUCUGGGACAAGCUUCAAGAACUGGGUGCCACCUAUGAUGUAAGCCAUUACAACGCCCUGCUUAAGACGUACCUGCAGAAUGAGUUCAGAUUCUCUCCAACCGAUUUCCUUGCUAAAAUGGAAUCUGCUAAUGUUCAGCCGAACAGGGUGACCUAUCAGAGACUCAUUGCAGCCUAUUGUGAAGUUGGCGACAUUGAAGGUGCAAGUACAAUCCUGGGCUUUAUGAAGAGCAAAGACCUGCCCAUCACAGAAGCUGUGUUCAACUCGUUGGUGACAGGUCAUGCCCGCGCAGGGGACAUGGACAGCGCGGAAGGCAUCCUAUCUGUCAUGAAAGGUGCAGGGAUUGAGCCGGGCCCAGACACGUACCUGUCUCUUCUCAACGUGUAUGCAGAGAAAGGAGAUAUUGCAAAGAUUAAACAGACUCUAGAGACGGUGGAGAAUGCGGAUAUCCUUCUGAUGGACAGAGAUUUGAUGCAGGUGGUUUUCAGUCUGACUAAGGCCAGCCAUCAGCAGUAUGUGCCUGAGAUUGUGGAGCGCAUGCGUCACGAGAGAGGAUAUGUGCCAGAUGCUAUGAACCUCUGCUUGAGUCUGAUUACCCACGGACAUGAAGAGACUGCGUUUUCUGUGCUAAAAAGCUUCACCGGCCUGCUGGUAGAGUCACAGACCAGUGAUUCCCCAGACUUGGGAAACUUCUUUCUUCGCCACUGUGUCAAUAUGGACAAGCCUGUGGGAAACAUAGUUGGGUUUUGCAAAGAUCUAAAAGAUUCAGGUCUGCACUCAUCGCCACUUCAGUUCACCCUUCAGUGUGCCCUGGAAGCUAAAAAUACCGGUAUGGCUGUUGAGCUCAUGAGAAGCAUGAAGGAGGAGGGCUUGCCUCUCAGACCUCACUACUUCUGGCCCCUGUUCACUCAUUACCAGAAAGACAAGAACAUUCCCGGUACUCUGCAAGCUCUGAGAGGCAUGCAAGAACUGGGCGUCACAUCAGACGUUGAUACUUUUAGUAUCUAUAUCCUACCAUCUUUCCCAUCAGUGGACAGUGCCCGCACUUCUCUUAAGGAGGCAUGUAUUGACGUGGACAGCAAUAUUUUGACUGCGGCAGAAUUACGAACAGAAGGGUCACGUGGAAACCUUGCAGAGCUGUUCUCUCUGAUGUCUUCACCUGCUCUUCCAAACAUUGACCUCAGUGCUUUCAGAGCCAGUCUGAUCUCUGGAUUCAGAGGGUUUCACAACGUGGAGCUUAUGGCAAAGAUUACAGAGCUUCUCUAUAAAGACCCUCGGUUCAAUAGUGCUGACCCUGAAACUUCAGAAAAUGUGGCCUACUUCCUUUACAACCUGAUUGAUUCCAUGAACGAGACCGAGGUGCACUCUAAAGAAGAACAGAUUAGGGAGUACUUCGGCCUGCUUAAGAACAUGAAUAUCAGCAUUUCGCUCAACAUCUUCAGAGGAAUCAGGAACAUUCUUGAGUCCUACCAAGUUCCAGAACUUGUCAAGGAUGUUCUUGCUCUUGUGGAUAAAAAAGACAAUGGGUUGGAGACUGAUGCAACACUGCUUAGAGGAUUGGAGGGAAAACUUUCAUUCCUGGAGAAGACCCUGGCAGAGCUGAAGGCUGAGGGCAAGCCUGCCAGCUCCACCCUCAAAAAAGUCAUCACCGUCCUGUGUUCUGAGGAGAAACUGGAGCGAGCUCUGGAGCUUAAAACUCAGUAUGAAACGGAUAUGACUCCUGCCACAUAUGCCAUGCUCAUCAACUUGUGCUGCCGCCAUGACAAUGCUGAGGAAGCCCUCAAGCUAAAGAUGGAAUUGGCACGCAAGGACUCUGAGGCAGCGCUGGAUGCUCAGAAAUAUGUGGCCUUGGUCCGAGUGCUAUCCAAACAUGACAAGCUGGAAGAGGCGAUAGACAUGCUGAAAGAGAUGAAGGAGAAAGAUGUGCAGUUAAGGGACAGCACAAUCAGCUUGCUCACUCUCACUUUGAACACAGCUGCGAUGAAAGGAGAUGCCAACACGAUUCGACGCCUCCAAGAGACAAUCUUCACUUUGGGCCUGGCCAAACCAUCCAAUAAUCUCUGCUCACCCCUCAUCUCUUGCUAUCUGGAGAGUGGGAACUAUGUGGCUGCUUUCGAUGCCACUGUGGAGGUCCAAAAACAAUACAACCAGUUGCCCAAAGUUCAUGACCUCAUCUGUGGCCUGGUGGAAAAAGGAGAUGCUGAGCUGUUACAGAAAGUCAUGGAGUUUUUGAGUCAGGAGCGAGGCGAGAUGAUGAUGCUCUAUGACCUUUACUUUGCGUUCCUGCAAACGGGCCGCUACAAGGAGGCACGCAAAAUCAUCGAGACUCCUGGUCUAAGGGCUCGACCAACCCGUCUGCAGUGGUUCGCAGAGAAAUGCAUUGCAGCCCAACAGAUGGAGCCCCUUGAGAACAUGGUGGACACGAGUGUCAAGCUGUUCGAGUGUGACAGAGAUGACAUGUACCACUAUUUGUUACGCCUCUGCAAGGAGACCAAUGACUGGCAGAAGGCUGAAGCAACCUGGAUGAAAAUACAAGAGGAAAAUUUGGCUCCAAGAGAGAGGACCCUGCGUUUGCUUGCUGAUAUCUUUAAAAACAAUGACAAGGAGGUGCCUUUCGAGGUGCCUGAGGUGUGGUUUGAGGAGGUCAGAGGUCAGCCUGAGAUGUUUUCGGAGCAAGAGAUCAAAUCUAGCCCCAUGGUUCAGGCUGGCCCUCGUAAAAGGGUUGCAGCUUCACCCCCUAAAGAGGCCACCAUUGAUGACUACAAACUUAAAGUCCUGUCUCUUUGCAAGAAGGGCAAAGCUCAAGAGGCCUAUGACAUCCUGAAGAAAGCGAAUGGCAUGGGCAUUGUCCUCGGCCCUGCUCCAUAUGAUACCCUCAUCAAAGCCCUCCUGGCCACAGGCAACAUUGAGGAUGCCAUGGCUGUCAAAAACAUUGCCACUGAUCAUAUUCCUGGAUUCAGUUUAAGUGACAAUGCCAACAACCUUCUCAUCAUCUCUCAGGUGAAGAGAUGCCAGAUGAAAGAUGCCAUGGGGACUCUUAAGGGCAUGUUACGGGCUGACCAGGUGCCCACUCAACUGGCCAUCACUAGACUGGUCCAGAGUCUCGCAAGUGAAGGAAACACACAGGACAUCCAGGAAGUGGAGGCCUUGGUGAAGAAUUUAGGCUCCAUCAAGCUGUCCAGCAUGAUAUUCGUCAACAAUACUGCUCUCGCUCAUAUUAAAAAUGAGGACAUAGACAGUGCGGUGGAGCUGUUGGAGUCCUUCUACAUCCAGAACACAGAGAAUCAGAAAUCCAGUAUUUCUUUUGUCUUCCGCAAAGUUCUAGAUGCUAACAACGAUGCUGUACUGGAUAAAUUGAGUGCCAUGGCGGAAAGGCUCUGCAAUCACUUUGCCUCCUACAGAGCCGCUACAGACCUCUUCCUGAUUUACUUGGACACGGGCAGGACAGAAGAGGCCAAGUUCCUCCUGCAGCGCUGUGCGGCUGUCAGCGAGCAGAAGGACACAAUGUUCACAUACAUGUUGCGAACCGCUCAGCAGCCGGGCCAGGCUGCCAAAAUCAAGGCUCUGUCUGAGCUGAUUCCUGACUUCACGGAGAAGGAGAAUAUCUAUUCACAUUUGGUGAAAUGCUAUGGUUUAGAUAAGGACUUCAGUUCAGCGAAGGCUCUUUAUGAGCGCAUGCAGGCUGAGGGGGUGAAGGCUGAUGAGUUGACCCUCAAGAGACUGGCGCUACUAUACAAGGAAGCUGGAGAAGCUGUUCCCUUCGACGAGCCGCCGGAGUCUUUUCGUUUCUACGCAGACAAACUGAAGCAGCAGCGCUCCGAGUCCAUGGAGCCAGCCGACAACUAAAAACAGCUUGUCAUUUAUUCUUGAUUCCUUUUCUUUUCUCUUUUUACAUUCAUCAUAUGUGCACAGCUUGUGUGUUAUACUGUGAUUGUUUUUUUUUUGGCCCUUCAUAAUGAUGUCCUGAUGUGGUUAAUGUGUACAUAGAUAUUUAUGCAAAUAAAUGUAAACCCAAAACUUUGGUGGCUUUUUCGUAAGUUUCCUUUUAAUCUUUUCUUUUGUUUGUUCCUGAAGCGAUUGUCACACAAGAGAUGUUUUAUCAAAAUCCAGGUUUUGACUUCUGAAAAUGCAAAUAUAUUCAGAGAAGAUGCAUUACAUUACACAUGCGUGAUUUGCGAUGUGCUCAUAUAGUCAAUUUAUGCUUAGUUAUGUAAUAAUACAAUACUAUAUAAUAAACAUCUCCUUGGAGCAAUCAUGGAA